GAAGGUGGGGAGGGGCUUCUGUUGGCGGUCGGGAACUGGGGGGCAGGAGGCAACAUUGUUUCAAGUUGGACAAAUUGACAAGAGCGAGAAAUACACUGCGUUCCAUCGCGACCUGGGGCCACGGUGCCAGGCCCUGUUUCCCCCUUCUCGGCCCCCAAGAGCCGGGGCCCAUUUUCUGCAGGGUUCCCAGGCCCCUGCUCCAGGGCCGGGCAGACCCUACUUGUUUGCGCUUCAUGGAGAACUUCCAAAAGGUGGAAAAGAUCGGAGAGGGCACGUACGGAGUUGUGUAUAAGGCCAGAAACAAGUUAACUGGAGAAGUAGUGGCGCUUAAGAAAAUCCGCCUGGACACUGAGACAGAGGGUGUACCCAGUACUGCUAUCCGAGAGAUCUCACUGCUUAAGGAGCUUAACCAUCCUAAUAUUGUCAAGCUGCUGGAUGUCAUCCACACAGAAAAUAAACUCUACCUGGUUUUUGAAUUUCUACACCAAGACCUCAAGAAAUUCAUGGAUGCCUCUGCUCUCACAGGCAUUCCUCUCCCCCUCAUUAAGAGCUAUUUAUUCCAGCUGCUCCAGGGCCUAGCUUUCUGCCAUUCUCAUCGAGUCCUGCACCGAGACCUUAAGCCUCAGAAUCUGCUUAUCAACGCAGAGGGGUCUAUCAAGCUAGCAGACUUUGGACUAGCCAGAGCCUUUGGAGUCCCUGUUCGUACUUACACCCAUGAGGUGGUGACCCUGUGGUACCGAGCACCUGAAAUCCUCCUGGGCUGCAAAUACUAUUCCACAGCCGUGGACAUCUGGAGCCUGGGCUGCAUCUUUGCUGAGAUGCACCUAGUAUGUACCCAGCACCAUGCUAGGUGCUGUGGGGAACACAGAAGAAAUGGAAGACACAGUCUCUGCCCGCUGUGCUCCUAUCUAGAAGUGGCUGCAUCACAAGGAGGGGGGAUGACCGCAGUGUCUACCCCACAUCCCGUGACCCGCAGGGCCCUAUUCCCUGGUGAUUCUGAGAUUGACCAACUCUUCCGGAUCUUUCGGACUCUGGGGACCCCAGAUGAGGUGGUUUGGCCAGGAGUUACAUCUAUGCCUGAUUAUAAGCCAAGUUUCCCCAAGUGGGCCCGGCAAGAUUUUAGUAAAGUUGUGCCUCCCCUGGAUGAAGAUGGACGAAGCUUAUUAUCGCAAAUGCUGCACUAUGACCCCAACAAGCGGAUUUCGGCAAAGGCAGCUCUGACUCACCCUUUCUUCCAGGAUGUGACCAAGCCAGUACCCCACCUUCGGCUCUGAUGUCCUUCUCUAUGCUUCCACCCCAACCUGAUCCUCUCCUCCAGGGUGGGCUUGACCUGGCUUGGCUCUGGGCUGUUUGGAUCCAGGUUGGCCCUCUGAUCUCUGCCUUAAACACUCACUUCUUAGCCAGCCAACUCUGGGAAUAUAGGAGUGGGAGGGAGGAAUAGGUGAAAAUGAAAGGAAGUUUUAGUAUUAGAUGCACUUAAGUCAGUCUUCACCACCCUCUCCCCAUCCUCUUAAGUCACUGCUGAGGAGGGACGGUAUUAAAAACCAAAACAAAGCUGAGUGUUCUCCCCUCAUAUCAGGUUUGCCAUCCCAAUCUUUGAAUGCCCUGAAAUUACUGUUUCCUGUGUUUGGGGAUGAUAGGGACCCCAAGCCUCCUGCUACCACUGUUUUUGUAAAGGCCAACUGAUUCCAGGGGGCUAAGUUGGAACUUUUGAGAACCAAGCAAAAUAAACUGUGAAGGGUCUGUUUUAAAGAAUUAGGUUUAAAAAAUAGAUCCAGUCAGUUUAUACCCUUGUUUUCAUGUUUCACCUCAUUUAACUGACUAGGAGACUCAAGACUCAGCCCCAGUGGGGCUGCAGAAGAAAUGAUGCCCCCUGUCCCCUUGUACGUCUCUCCUAUGGGCAGAAGUCUGGGGGGUUCUGGGACAGGAUUGCGCUUCACUCUCAUCUAUUGCUUCAUCACCGCCUUAUGAGGGAGGUGGGAGAUAUUUGAAUUUUUCUCUUCCUUAAGGAUUCUUAGUUCUUCAGUUGUCAGGGAUCUCUGCUCCCAUCUUCCUCUGAAGGCCACUCCCUACCCCAUAGGAGUGGAAGUUAGGAUUUAGGCAUCAUUUUGAAAAUGCUGACACUUUUUCAGGGGCAUUAUGAGGUGCGUUGGGAAAAAGUAUUUCUUUAAAGGAAGGAUGAACAAUUAUAUUUAUAUUUCAGGUUACAGUAGUUUUUGUGGUCUGAGUAGGUGAAUUUGUUGCCAUGUGCACCAUGGGGUUUUUGUAAUGCAAAUGCAAAAAAAAAAGUAUUUUUUCGUUUUACGAUUUUUGUCUCUCCCACCCCUUGUCCAUGAGUGCUCUUGCUAUUAAUAUUAUUUGUAAUUUAGUUUGUAAUCCAUUAAAACAUUGCUCCUAGUUUU